AUGAAUAACUUCGCCUUGUUAGCCCUGGUUGGCUGCACUCUUGCUUCUCCUACCGAAUCUAUCAAGUCCCGUGCUACUACUGAUACCAAAUAUCUCUUCUCAUUCGGCGAUUCAUAUUCUCAAACCGGUUUUGAAAUCACCGGCACUAAGCCAUCAGCUGCCAAUCCCAUUGGUAACCCAGCAUUUCCAGGUUGGACUACCGACAACGGCAUCAAUUGGAUUGGACAUCUUGUAGAAACCUACAACUCCUCCCUUAUUCUCUCAUACAAUUUAGCUUAUGGAGGCGCUGUUGUGGAUGCUAGUAUCGUAACACCAUAUGAGCCCACAGUCUUGACAUUUGUCAACCAAACUGCCGAAUUCAUCGACAACCUCUCGCCAGCACCUACCGAUGUCACUUGGACUGCAGAUAACUCCCUUUUCGCCCUAUGGUUCGGUGUUAAUGAUAUUGGUAAUUCAUAUUGGUUAUCCAAUGAAACGGAUGUCAUCAGUGCUAUUUUCGAUAGUUACUUUGCUCACGCAAAAAUUUUGUACGAUGCAGGAGCAAGAAACUUUUUGUUCUUAAAUUGCCCUCCCAUCGACAGAUCCCCCAUGAUGCUCGCAUAUGGUAAUUCCGUCACCUCCUUAGAAGCCAACGUCAUAAGCGCCUACAACACUGAGCUCAAAGCACGAGUAGCUGCGUUUGAAAGUGCUAAUACCGGCCUUACCACAUACGUAUUUGACACUCAAGCUCCAUUCAACACUGCUCUGGAUGCUCCAACAGCAUAUGGAGCUACAAAUGCAACUUGUUUUGACGCUGACGGAACUACUUGUCUUUGGUUCAACAAUCUCCAUCCUGGUCAAGCGAUUCAAAAAUUGGUUGCAGAGGGUAUUGCGAAACAAUUGUCGGGCAAUUUUUUCCAGGCUAGUUCUUCAAAUUGA